AUGACUUCUUUCUCUCUCACUUUCACAGCUCCUCUCCUCCCUUCUUCCAAACCCAAAAGAUCCGUUCUUGUCGCUGCAGCUCAGACCACCGCUCCUGCCGAAUCCACCGCAUCCGUCGACGCAGAUCGGCUUGAGCCAAGGGUUGAGUUGAAAGAUGGGUUUUAUAUUCUCAAGGAGAAGUUUCGCAAAGGGAUCAAUCCUCAGGAGAAGGUUAAGAUCGAGAGAGAGCCAAUGAAGCUGUUUAUGGAGAAUGGUAUUGAAGAGCUUGCUAAGAAGUCAAUGGAAGAGCUUGAUAGUGAAAAGUCUUCUAAAGAUGAUAUUGAUGUUAGACUCAAGUGGCUUGGUCUCUUCCACCGUAGAAAGCAUCAGUAUGGUAAGUUUAUGAUGAGGUUGAAGUUACCAAAUGGUGUGACUACAAGUGCACAGACUCGGUAUUUAGCGAGUGUGAUUAGGAAGUAUGGUGUAGAUGGUUGUGCUGAUGUGACAACUAGACAGAACUGGCAGAUCCGUGGUGUUGUGUUGCCUGAUGUGCCUGAGAUCUUGAAAGGUCUUGCUUCUGUCGGGUUAACGAGUCUUCAAAGUGGAAUGGAUAAUGUUAGGAACCCUGUUGGGAAUCCUAUAGCUGGGAUUGACCCGGAGGAGAUUGUUGAUACUAGGCCUUACACGAAUCUUCUUUCUCAGUUUAUCACUGCUAAUUCUCAAGGCAAUCCAGAUUUCACCAACUUGCCAAGAAAGUGGAAUGUGUGUGUGGUGGGGACUCAUGAUCUCUAUGAGCAUCCACAUAUCAAUGAUCUAGCGUACAUGCCUGCCACUAAAGAUGGCCGGUUUGGAUUCAAUUUGCUUGUUGGAGGAUUCUUUAGUCCCAAAAGAUGUGAAGAAGCUAUUCCUCUUGAUGCUUGGGUACCUGCUGAUGAUGUUCUUCCACUCUGCAAAGCUGUUCUAGAGGCCUACAGAGAUCUUGGAACUCGAGGAAGCCGACAGAAGACAAGAAUGAUGUGGCUUAUCGAUGAACUUGGUGUUGAAGGAUUUAGAGCUGAAGUAGAGAAGAGAAUGCCAAAUGGGAAACUUGAGAGAGGAUCUUCAGAGGAUCUUGUGAAUAAACAAUGGGAGAGGAGAGACUAUUUUGGAGUCCACCCUCAGAAACAAGAAGGUCUUAGCUUCAUUGGCCUUCAUGUUCCGGUUGGUAGGCUACAAGCUGAUGACAUGGAUGAGCUUGCUCGGUUAGCUGACACCUACGGCUCAGGGGAGCUUAGACUCACGGUAGAGCAAAACAUCAUUAUCCCAAAUGUGGAAACCUCGAAAACUGAAGCUUUGCUUCAAGAGCCGUUUCUCAAGAACAGGUUCUCACCUGAGCCAUCUAUCCUUAUGAAAGGCUUAGUUGCUUGUACUGGUAACCAGUUUUGUGGACAAGCUAUCAUCGAGACAAAACUAAGAGCUUUAAAAGUGACAGAAGAAGUAGAGAGACUUGUAUCUGUGCCAAGACCGAUAAGGAUGCAUUGGACAGGAUGUCCCAACACUUGCGGACAAGUCCAAGUUGCAGAUAUCGGGUUUAUGGGAUGCUUGACACGUGGUGAUGAAGGAAAGCCAGUUGAGGGAGCCGAUGUGUAUGUCGGGGGACGUAUAGGAAGUGACUCGCAUAUAGGAGAGAUCUAUAAGAAAGGUGUUCGUGUCACGGAUUUGGUUCCAUUGGUGGCUGAGAUCCUAAUCAAAGAGUUUGGUGCCGUGCCUAGAGAGAGAGAAGAGAAUGAAGAUUGAUUCAAAAAGGCUAUUGGGAUUCUUAAUAAGUCAAAGAGGCCUAUGAAUGGUUCUCUCACUGGUUUGAGACUUUGAUACUUGAUACUUGUAUUUGUGCCCAUAAUUUUGGGUUUUGUAGCUCCCCUUUGUUGUAACUUUGUAACAUUGUCCUUGGUUGUUUUGUAAUAUCUAGUUUUUAUUAAUGUAGUAUAAAUUAUGAUUCUUUACCGUAA